UAACUCGUACAGUUGUAUCGCCAUACUAUGCUGCCUUUGUUAACCGCAGUUUCCCAUGCAUUAUAUUAGACUUCCUGGUACAGAAGUCUUGCACCAACAAUCUCAUAGUCAGUAAGACCUGUAUACAACGCAGGGUACAGAAGCCCGAGUGCAACACUGUCGUAGCAGAUGCACAGAAAGCAGACAGUACUUGGAUGUGUAUAGAAAAACAAGAGUGAUAACAUUUCAGCCAAAAAGGUAAGUCUAUUGAACAUCGGCAGAAAGGAAAUAUGAUGUCUGUACAGUACUGUAUAGUGUUCUGGAUCUGUUCACUUGCAACGUGGAAUUUCAGCACAGGAUUGGAAGCAAAUGGUGUAAAUGUAGAGGCGUAUACAACUUACUGGUCAGAACGCUACACAACUGGGUGUAGACUUUUCUACGCUUGGCGGUGCACAAAAUACAGGCAGAGGGCAGUCACAAGUUACAGAUGCAAAACAGGCUACAGAACAACAGAUAACAGAGGCUGCCCACAUCCUGUAUGUGACAAUCAGAUCAACCCCGUUGCUUGCAACAUCGACUACAGGACAUCUCACAUCGUCUACAGUAACGGCAACACACAGAACAAGAGUGGGUGCAGCUGUACUUCCCCUGGGACCUGUGUCAACUGUAAUGAAGGCUUUUACCCCAGCAAUGAACGCUGCAGAAUGUGCAGCGCCAUCAGUAACUGUGACCUGGAGACAUGCACCAGCAUCAGCAACCAGGUGUGUAGUCGCUGUGAGGGGGUCGUGCUGGACCAGGCAGGACACAAGGCGUAUGUGACGUCUUCUGAUAGAAGAUCAUGCAUACAGGCGUGUUCGUGGCGGAGUGACAGCACCCGGUGUUAUCCCGGGACCUGCAGGAACGAGUACGCCAGUAACUGUGCCUGCUCCAGCGGCGUCACAAGGAAUCAUUGUCAGACAAUAACAACGAUGCCCACAAUACACUCCAACCUCCUUCGACUGACCGCCAGCAACGGCGACACGACAGAGGCACCUCCCGACAUCAACAGUGGUCCAUCUCAGUCCACUAGCUGGUCAAACAUCAACUCUCCAUCCAGAAUGUACUACAAGUUUACGGCAGAAUACAAAAUGGUACCUCCAUCCAGACAUGCCUUCAUUGAAGACUUCCGUGUUGGAAUUGUCAGUGGUGCUGCUACAUUCAAACUAAAGAGAGGUGCAGGUGUUGUCUCCACUAAGGUCUAUAACUGUGGAGGAGUCAGUCGAAGCAGCCCGGACACCGACCUGUACACCUGCGAAGGAAACCCAUCAGGGGCGUCUGUACUCCCACUGCCCUUCCAACACAGAGAUGUUAUCGAAUUCACUUAUUCAGCAAGUAAUGGAGGGUAUGUGAAGGUCCGGAACAAGGAGAGUAACACACUGGCGACCUACUACUACAACAGUGCCACACAGACCCACACCUUUACUGUGUCCAUAGACCUGGUGGAUCCCUAUCACUGUACUGGUACUACUGCCUGUGUUGGCAGCAUGCUGACUGUUCCCGAUGUUAUCAAGACUCCCACAAUGAACCUCCGCUGGAGUGGCUGGUCAGAUGCUGAAGCAGGAGUCGACCACUUUGUGAGGGACGUGUAUGAACUCCACGCUGUUGGGGAUGUACUCAGAGCUAAGCGUCGUGUUAAGACUACAACGUUGACAAGCUCCACGACGUCCAACAGCUACACACUGACUACGGCGGGAGUGUACUCUGUUGUCCUAUCCGUCUAUGACAAGGGAGGUAAUCACAGAAGUACUAGAAGAAUAUUGAUAUACGAUGGUACUUCGACUGUAACAACACAAGCAAAAACAUCCCUCAGUGUGACAACAGCAUCAUCAGCAACAUCAGAGUGGCAAUCUACGUCACCAUCAGUGACAGUAGACUGGACCAACAGAUACAUCAACACAGUCCACCACAACAACAAGUGGCUCCUUGGCGUGGCUUCUGUUGGUGACAUCAGCUCGGACUAUGAUGAUAUAGAGGGUGACAGAAGUGUGGCUGCCAUCAUCAAUGUUCAGGGUGUAACACAAUUCUUGACGUCAUACAAAGUCGACCACCAAGGAGGGUCGUCCAUCAACAGUCCACCAGCUGAUAACCUGUUCACCAGUCAAGGUCUGAAUCAGUCACAGACCAUAACACCCUCGCUAGUGGACGGGGACACUGUACGCUUCUGGAUCCGAGCCUAUGACAUCAGACCCGAAUACCUUGAAGAACAUGUGACAGUCCACAUCGACACAUCACCUCCAGUCAUGGAGAACCUUUGGCUAAACAGAAGCGGCAGCCUCAUCAUCAGUAUACAUCGAGUGGAGGAACUUCAGGAUGUAAUAAUGGAGUUUCAUCUGCACGAUGAACACAGUGGAGUGGAAACGGUGGAAUGGAGAAUCACAGAAAAACGGCAAGAUGAAGAUAUCGCUCUAGCUGUCCAUGGCAUCUCAGUUCAAAGUUAUCGUACCCUGGCCAACUGCAACACCAUGCACGAUGCAAGGGAUGGAAACUGUUAUUGUACUCCAGCUGGCACAUGUUAUCAUUCCAACUACCAAGUGAAACCAGCCCUGGCAGACAUAAGGGACGUCAAGUUGGCUGAAGGAAAGGAAUACUGGUUUCAAGUCACAGCUACAAAUCAUGCUAAGCUAAAAUGUGAACAGAAAGUAAAGAUCAAGGUGAAUGCAAGUCCCCUUCAAUCUGGCUUUGUCUACGAUGGUGAGUCUGGACAACCGGAAGUGGACUACCAGGACAGUCUACAGCUCCACGCCCACUGGGAAGGAUUCUUUGACAGAGAGAGUGCAAUUGCCUUUUACCAGUACACUUUCGGACCAAGAUGUUUACAGGGACACGAGUUUGACCUUAAUAGCACCAAAAACAUGGAAUCAACACGCACUACUGAAGCCACAUGGACAGCGCCGUCUUGUGGAAUGUUUUACAUAACUGUGGUCGCCUAUAAUGGAGCUCAGCAGAGAAGCGAUGUCGUUUGUUCAGAUGGAGUGGAGACGUGCAAACCCUCUCCUUUUACCGGAAACCUUGUCCUGAUUGUAUCGGUUACUGCGUCCGCUGUGGUUAUAGUUGCUGUCAUUGUCAUUGGAGUAGUUGUCUGGAAGAGGAAACAAAGAGAUCAGCCGAAGAUCUCAGAUCAAGCUGUACGCUACAACACAGGGUCAUAUGAAAACGUUAAACCUGCAAAGACAAAACCUGAAGACAACAAUCGUCAGUUCGAUGACAUGACGUAUGACAAGCUUGAUGUCAACUUACGCGAUAGAGGCCCUGAUGAAGAACCAUACUGUUCCAUACAGACUCGUCGAUCGGACGAAACAAACACAUAUGAAUGUAUUGAUAGCAUUUGCGAAACUCCACAAGUUAUGUCCAGCAUGACAUCGAGUGGCAUACGUGAAGAACAUUGAAUACCGGAUUACGGCCACAAACAUAACUCACAUGCAUAUACCUUUUAAAGAAAUAUACAAAUCUAUAGUUUCAACAAAUACCUGCGAAGACCCGGGUUUGGAAAUCAUCUUCAGCAGUCCAUGCAUGUCGUAAAGGAGGACUGACAGUUCGGGUAGUCUAACUUAUUUACCUGGUUGAUCAUCUUCAGCAGUCCAUGCAUGUCGUAAAAGAGGACUGACAGUUCGGGUAGUCUAACUUAUUUACCUGGUUGAUCAUCUUCAGCAGUCCAUGCAUGUCGUAAAAGAGGACUGACAGUUCGGGUAGUCAAACUUAUUUACCUGGUUGAUCAUCUUCAGCAGUCCAUGCAUGUCGUAAAAGAGGACUGACAGUUCGGGUAGUCAAACUUAUUUACCUGGUUGAUCGAUGCCCAUGGUGCCAGUGACUGGACUACCGUCAUAUAGCUAGAAUCUUGCUGGGUGCUGCGUUAGAUAACAAAGAUGCACGAAA